GUCGCAUAUAGUUAUGCGUUUUCAACUUAAACCGGUUAUAUCAACUCAAGUCGGCUGCCGAAUCUGUAGCUGCGUUUCUUUUUUGGAGGUUGGAAGCAAAAGACUACAGCUAAUGAAUAAACACAGAUAAAAUAUUUUGCAAGUUUCAUGUUAACGACAUACACCUUGCCAUGUUAAAGAUAUAUUAAACAAAACCAAAAUAAAUGGAUCAAGCAUAUGAAAGAAACAAGCGUAAUAGAUGGUCCCACGAGGAGACGAUGGGAUUUUUGAAAUGCUACCUUCCAAGGAGAGAUGAAUUCGAGCAUGUAAAAAAAAAACGAAAAGCCUACGCGAAUGUCUUGGAAGACAUGAUUGCAAAGGGUCUGACUGACUCAAAAAGGACACCGUUGUGCUUGGAGUCGAAAAUGCGCACUCUUCUCCAUGGAUACAAGACAGCACGGGAAAACAAUCGCACCAGUGGUGCCACCUCAUCUUUUGCUCCAUAUAUGGAAUUAAUGGAUAAAAUUUUUGGAGGCUGUCCAAUGGUUUCAACAGAUCACACAGUUCACGUAGGCUAUAGGUCGUUUGAAAUGGUAAUGGUACCGUCGCCACAGGCAUCACCCGCUGACUCGCGCCCACCCUCACCUUUCACAGUAACGAAAAUAGAAGCCCCCUCACCUCCAAUAUUGUCAGAAUCGAAUAUGGAGGAUUCGAUGCCAUCGCCGACACCACCGCCCUCAUCGCCAUUAUUGACAGUACUGAGUGCUUCGCACUCGGCACACACGCCAGUUGUGCCCAGAAAACAUUCGCGAAUAGAGGUAUCAUCACCACCAUUGUUAAUAUCGAAAAUAGAGGGCUCGUUGCCACCACAGACACCACCGCCUUCAUCGCCACUAAUGACUGGCCUAGCUCCUUCAAGCUCUGCAUACGCACAAGCGGUAAGCCGAAAGCGUACAGCUCGAGAAAUUUAUUAUGAGGAAAAGUUGAAGAUAAGAAAAUUGGAGGCUGAAGAAAAGAAAAAAGCUAGGAGCGAAGCGCUCCAAGAGUUUAAGGACUUGUUGGCGGAGAAGUGGGAGAGAGAUUUUGAGUUGGAGAGAAGAAAAGUUGAAUUACUAGAAAAACUUGCAUUAUUUAUUUCUUAGAAUGUUCGAAUAUUUGUGGCCUGAAAAAAUGAAAAGUAAAGUAGUAGUAGCAUGAAGUAAUUAAAAGAAAGUACUAAAACGAAACGCGCUUUUCUUAGCGAGCAGCAGUUCAAAACGCCUCAAAUGUAUUAUCGCUUCAAAUAGCGACCACAAAAAUAAAAUGAAAGAAUCGUGGCUAAUUAAAGGCAAGACAAAAUGGACCUACAUGUUAUGUACCGUAUUACUAUGUAUAAAUAUAUGUAUGUGUGUAACUCUA